UAUCAUGACUAUAAUUACGAGUAUUUAAUUAUACAGGCAAUUUCAAAGACAAUUAUACUUAGAAUGAUUAUGAAAUCGAGACACCAGCAAAUGGCUCAAUCAGCACCAGAACGUCGAAGAAGGACUACGUCAUGCUCAUCAACAGCUUAAGUUUCUUCAGGAGUCACUGGACUGUCUGGAAAAUAAUUGGAGUUACCUACAAAAAGGUGAAAUGGCCACAGCUGUACAUCGUCUAUAGUCUCCUGUCGAACCUUAUAGUAACCGUUUGGUAUCCAUUGCAUUUGGGCAUAAUGCUGUUUAGAAACAAAAACUUUUCGGAUGAUAUCUUAAACCUCACGACAUUUGCCACCUGCUUGGCCUGUUCGCUAAAAACCGCUUUAUACGCCUAUAACUUUGAAAAGGUGGAGCAAAUGGAGCAACUGCUAAAGCAACUGGACUUACGGAUCAAGAGUGCACCAGAAAAAGCCAUCUACAGUCAGUUGAGAACACAGCUGAGAAACAUUCUCUAUGUUGUUAUUGGCAUCUAUCUGCCAAUUGGUGUUUUUGCCGAAUUUUCAUUCAUUUUUAAGGCGGAACCUGCUCUCAUGUAUCCGGCCUGGUUUCCCUUUGAUUACGUCAACUCGACGCGCAACUUCUACAUCGCCCACGUAUAUCAGAUUAUGGGAAUUGGCUUUCAAAUACUGCAGAACUAUGCGAACGACUGCUUCCCAGCCGUAAUGUUGUGCCUGAUCUCAUCUCACAUUAAGAUGCUCUACGUGCGCUUUGAGCAGGUGGGAGUGGAUGAUGCUGAGAACGCUGAGGAUCAGCUGGAGGCAUGCAUAACCGAUCACAAGUGUUUGCUGGAACUUUUUCACACCAUUGAGUCCUUCAUGUCGCUGCCCAUGCUGAUUCAGUUCGCGGUGACUGGGCUGAAUAUAUGUACUAGCAUUGCGGGGCUUAUCUUUUUUGUUACCGAGCCCAUGAGUAUAACAUAUUUUUUAUUUUAUGCCUUGGCUAUUCCGCUGGAAAUCUUUCCCAUCUGCUACUACGGCACAGACAGUGAGCUCUGGUUUGGUAAACUGCACUAUUCGGCAUUCAGCUGCAAUUGGACAGCGCAGCAUCGGAGUUUUAAGAAGAAGUUGAUGCUGUUUGUUGAGCGCUCACUGAAAAGAAGCACGGCAAUGGCUGGUGGCAUGCUACGCAUUCACUUGGACACAUUUUUCUCAACUCUCAAAUUUGCCUACUCCCUGUUCACGAUCAUAAUACGCAUGCGAAAGUGAUUGGUAUAAUAAAAGUCCGGAAAAUGUUUAUUGAUCUGUUAUAUAUCUGUAUGUGGGGACAUCUGUAUAUGAAAGUACUUUAAGACCUAGGGUUUUUGCUUCGGUGGAUAACAAAAAAUUUAGUUUUAGUAAUCGCCUUACUAUGUGAUUCGCAUGAAUGUAAUCAAUGGAUCUAAAUGGUUAAUAAGUAAACUAAAUAAACUUAAUG